AUGCUAAAACGUAGCAAAGCUGGCAAAGCUUACAACAAUAAAUCACUCCAUGUUUUGAAAACUGAACUCAGUGUAAAUGAGAAGAAUGAGACACGUGGUCCUGGACGGAAUGAAAGUCUCAUGCUUCGUCAGAAGAACUGCAUUCCAACUAUGUUAUUAAAAAAUAAAACUCCACAUGGAAAACUUUAAUCAAUCAGGAAGGCUAAAGUUUCUAAAAUUUCUUCGUCAGGUAUGGAAAAUAAAGAAUUUUAAUUACCACAAAGGUAGGGAAGGCGCAAAAAUUAUUUCUGAGAAAGAAUUGAAAAAGUG